AAGCGCGGGGCGGUGCCGUCGUUGCCAGGCGGAAGCGCGGCAGUUGGGGCGGGAGGCUGCCGGGCGGCGGCGGGAAGCUGCCGGGAAGCACUAGGCGCCUGGGUUGUGGUUGUGCCCGCGGGGCGGAGCGGGGCUAUGGAGUCCAGGGCUGCCGACAGGAUGCUGAUCGUCGUCUCCGUUCUGGAAGGACGCUAUUUUCCCAAACGACCCAAGUACAUGCUUGUAGUUGAAGCGAAGUUUGAUGGUGAACAGCUGGCUACUGAUCCUGUGGAGCAUACUGAUCAGCCAGAAUUUGCCACUGAAUUGGCCUGGGAACUUGAUCGAAAAGCACUUCAUCAGCACAGGCUACAGCGUACACCUAUCAAACUCCAGUGUUUUGCAUUGGAUCCUCUAUCUUCAGUUAAAGAGAACAUAGGCUAUGUUGUACUUGAUUUAAGGGCUGUGCAGGAAAAGAAACAGACACCAAAAUGGUACCCUUUGCUAAGUAACAAGUAUGCUAAAUUUAAAUCUGAAAUAAAAGUAGGCAUUGUGUUGGAAACUGAUUCCAAAGCACUGGUUGAUGAUUUUAAAGCAAAGGAGGCACCCCCUAGAGAAGGGAGGGUGUCUGCCCUUCUUUCGAGACUAGAUCCUAAAAGUAUUGUACCAGUCCUGAAUGAAGAAAAGGGCUAUCAUCAAAUUGGACCAGCAGAGUAUUGUAGAGACUACUUUGUUUUGUCUGUAACCAUUGCAUUUGCCACACAAUUGGAACAGUUAGUUCCUAGUACUAUGAAGCUUCCUGAGCAUCAGCCUGAGUUUUUUUUCUACUACUCAUUAUUGGGAAAUGAUGUAACAAAUGAGCCUUUCACUGAUUUGAUUAAUCCAAACUUUGAACCAGAAAGAGCUUCUGUUCGAAUACGUAGUUCAGCUGAUGUUCUUCAAGUUUAUCUUUGUGCGCAGUCAAAAUUGCAGAUCCAUCUUUGCUGUGGUGACCAGUCCCUUGGAAGCACUGGAAUACCCCUAUCUGGACUGCUGAAGAAAGGAAAUGUGGAGAUCAGUCAACACCCUAUGGCAAUAGAAGGAGCAUUUGUCCUUGUUCCACCAAAUAGAGCUAAGCAAAAACUGACACCGUUGCCUCUGGAUAUGGCUCCUACUGUUGGGGUGUCUGUAGUUCUGCAAAAGGAGUGCUUAAAUGUCCAGCCUUUGGUUCCUUCAAAUGUUCCAACCGAGCCUAAACAACUGAAGAAAGUUCUUUCACCUAUUGGUGGAGAAACAAAGGGCCUGCAGCAGAGAUCCCAGGGUGUCCCAUCUCAGAUUGACCACUCUUCUCCAAUAGAAGAUGAAGCAACAGAAAGUGAAGCGGAAAGUCUGAAGUUUGAAAAAGGCACAGAACUAAAGGAAACUGGGCUAGUGGAUGAGUCUUGCAAAGAUGUUAACAAACAGCACACUGAGGAGCUCCCAGUUUUCAAAUCACAGAGCAGAGCAAAAUCGCCACUGUUGUCAGCUGAUGAUACUCCAGUAGUUGCACCUCAGCCCAACUCUGUGAGUGCAACCGCUUGUACUGAGACUACAUCAGCGCAGAAAAUUCUUAUUCCAGCGGCCUCUCACCAUUUUUGCUUUUCAAUAGACUUACAAAGUGUACGUGGUCUGGAAGUUGGUUUUCCAAUAAACUGCAUUUUAAGGUACUCCUAUCCCUUUUUUGGUAGUGCAGCACCUAUUAUGACAAGCCCUCCUGUAGAAAUCAGAAAGAACAUGGAAGUUUUUCUUCCCCAGUCCUACUGUGUAUUUCACUUUGCAACUACACCUCAUCAGCUUCAGGACACCUUCCUCAGACUACCUCUACUGGUUGAACUGUGGCACAAGGAUAAAACAACCAAAGACUUGCUUCUAGGGAUUGCAAGACUUCAGCUUUCAAAUGUUUUGACUUCAGAAAAAACACGGUUCUUGGGUGGUAAUGGUGAACAGUGCUGGCGUCAGACUUACAGUGAAACAGUCAGCGUCACAGCAGCACAAGGGUCAGACACAAGAAUAGCAGAGCUUUUAUAUGCCGUCACGUUGGAGGACUACGGACUUGUGAAAAUCCAUGAAGUUCUGGUGUCAGACUCUUCUCAAUGUGUAGGUGCUGGUCAGCAGCGGCAUGCCACUCACACUCAGCUUCAUUGUACUCCAGAAAAACAGCCAGAACCUCGAGAAACUCUUGAAUACAAAGCGGCACUGGAAUUAGAAUUAUGGAAGGAAAUGCAAGAAGACAUUUUUGAAAAUCAGCUUAAAAAGAAGGAAAUGGCCCGUAUGCAAGCACUUGCAGAAGAGUGGAAGAAAAGAGAUGAAGAGAGAGAAGCACUAGUGAAGAAAAAGGUAGCAGAAUAUACUGUUCUGGAAGAACAGCUUCAGAAAACCCUGAGAGAUCUAGAUAAACGAGAACGACAGCUUUUGACUGCUGAAUCAGAGAUUCAAAGGGUAACGAAGGAGUUGCAAGCAGAGCAUGAACAAAAUAAGCAGGAUUUGCAGGAUUCUGUGCGGCGAACCAGAGAAGAAUGUGCCCACCAGGUUGAACUAGAAAGAUCAAAAAUCAAGCAGCUGGGAGAAGACAAGCUUCGUAUACAACAGCAGCUUUAUGAAGCAGAAAAUAAGUACAAAAUUUUGGAGAAGGAGUUCCAGCAAUUCAAGGAACAACAAAGUAGUAAGCCAGAAAUCCAGCUACAAUCGGAAAUAAAUCUUCUCACUUUAGAAAAGGUUGAACUUGAAAGAAAGUUGGAGUCAGCUACCAAGUCAAAGCUCCACUACAAACAACAGUGGGCCAGGGCUUUGAAAGAACUUGCAAGGUUAAAGCAGCGUGAGCAAGAAAAUGCAAUGGCUCGCCUUAAAAAGCAGCAGCAAGAGCUGGAGCACAUGAGGUUGCGCUAUUUGGCAGCAGAAGAAAAAGAGCUGGGGAAAACAGACCGACAAGAGCUGGAGGAUAUCAGAAAUGAACUUAACAGGCUAAAGCAACAAGAAGAAGAGAGAAAGCAGUUUCAAGACGUUAGAGAUAAUUCUGCAUGUAAAGUGGAUAGUCUUGAUACAAGAAAAUUAAAUGAGAACAUAGAUGAUUAUCUCUCACGUCUGAUGGAGGAGAGGGAUACCUUGCUGAGAACAGGAGUCUAUAAUCAUGAAGACCAUAUUGUAAGUGAACUUGAUCGUCAAAUCAGGGAGGCUAUUGCAAAAAGAAAUGCCACUAAAUAAAAGCAUACAAAAAGCUGUUAAAAAGAGCCUGGAUUUGAAUAGGGUUACUGAUGGUUUUUAAACCUUUCUCUUCAAAAAUGUACGGUGAUGCGUAAUUUUGCACAUUGUUAGCUGUUUUUGAAGUCGGUGUCAAUAUUUGCAGUGCGUGAUGUUAAGUGAAGUUGUAAGUUUCAAAAGGGGUGACUGUUCUUAGUGUUUUUAAACUUAUACAUGUAAAUAUAUUUAUCUUCUGAAGUGUUUUCUACUGCUCUUUCUACCAUUGCGGUUGGGUGUAUUUUUAAGAUAUUUAAUAAUUGUUCAUAGCUUUUUGGUCAGCAGUUAAAUUUUUUUUAGAGUUCUUCAGCUAUACAAGGCAAAAGUGUCAUCAGCUCUUUUCCCUGAUCAAAUUCUUAAUUUUGACCCAAAAUGCAGCUCUUGAACAAAUGUCACUUUUUAUUAAAUGACAAGCUAAUCAAUUUUUUCUUCUACAACUGCAGUCAAAAUAGCUACAUUCUGUAGUUAAUUUUUCUUUUUAGAGACAAGCAUUUAAUUGGAGAGGAAAGAGCUCUCAAACCUUAUGAAACUGAAACUGACUGAAAUGUUCAGUAACUGGUAUGAUCACACGGGAUGAAAAUCCCUUUGUCCUAGCAGUUUUGCACAUAAGAUUGUAAGAGUGAACCCAGCCUUUGUUCAGAAAUCCGCCUGCAUUCUUGAAUCUGUCCUGUGUGAGGAAUUAUGUUUGAGUCAUUUAAUUCAGAGAUUUUUAAACACUCCAAAUGCUAGGCACAUGUUUAAGAUAAGAGCUUUACUAAGUAAAGAUAUUUACCUUAAUCAAUACCUAGUCAGUUUGCAAUUCUUGAACAUGUAUUUCAAUCCCUGUUUUCCCAUUGCUUCUUGUAUGUUUUAUUUGAUUGUUGAAGUGUGAAAAGGAUCGCCUCAAGGUGUUGAAAGCCAGAAGAGAGAUCCACAAGAGAUGAUAAUUUGUGCAUAGUAGUUGAAAAAGUUUGUGUUUUCUAGCUUUCAUUCUGUUUGAGUAGUUUUAAAAUCAUUCGUGUGGAUCUAGAUAAUCACAUAAACUUACAGCACUGUCUUUUUAAUGGGGAUUUUUGUCUGUCAUGUUGGCAUGAUUCUCAGUUUGAAUCUUGAGUAUUGAAAAAGUGUUCAAUAUCUCUAUUCAGGUAAGGCACAACAGAUCCUAUGCAAAACAUUUUUUUCUGUGAACUUGCAUGGAUACAACUGUAUAUGUACUGCUUUCUAUUUUUCAUGAUGUAAAUCAUAGAAUGUAGACUUUAUAUUGCAUCUGACUUUGCCUAGCAUGGGCCUCUUUCCUGCUAAAAAAGCUUGGGUUUAAGGCCGCCUUCAAGUUUUAAUGUAGCUAUUUAUACUCAGACAUUAUCUUCUAUGAGGAUUUACUGUUUAUCAGAGUCAGACUAUGUAAGAAAUUCUUUUGUAACGUCUUUCACACCUUUAUUUUUUCAAAUGAACGUGCUUGAAAAGAUCUGGCCCUGCUAGUAAACACCUUGAUAAAUCCUGCACAAAUCCACGGCAUGUAAUUUUAAGUUUUUAUGUUAUUACUUCUGUCGUCAUUGAUGCAUGAUCAUGCAUUAUUGGAAAUGAAACAGGAGGGAUUCUUCUGUCUUGCCAAGAAGACUUCUCGAGAGAUUGUUCAUGAAAUUGCUUCACUUUUGCAGGACGUGCAGUUUCUUCUUCGAGCACUAGGGGGUCCAUUCGACUUAAAGAUUGCAGAGUUUCUUUAACGAGCAUUAACAUGACCGGUGAUUUUUUUUUAACUGAUUCUGUGACUUUUCAGGGGUUACAUUAUUUAAUAAAUUCAUGUUUUUAGUA